CACUGCAGACAUGCUUAGAUUUCUGGUGUUGACAAGUCUCGCAGCCCUGGUGCUGGCGGUGCGGGAGCCCCAGCCCAGGUUCCUGGAGGACAACUUGGAAAGAGUUGUUGGUGGUGAGGUGGCCAGACCCAACUCCUGGCCCUGGCAGAUCUCUCUUCAGUACAGGUCUGGCAGCAACUACUACCACACAUGUGGAGGAACCCUGAUUGAGCGCGGCUGGGUUAUGACUGCUGCUCACUGUGUGGACAGUUAUAGGACAAGGCGUGUGAUUCUCGGGGAACAUGACCUCUACAGCAACAGCGGCAGAGAGCAGGUCAUUGCUGUCAGCAAGGUCUACAUCCAUCCCAAAUGGGUCUCCGGAAGUGUAGCUAAAGGGUUCGACGUUGCUCUGCUGCGUUUGUCCUCUGAGGCCACCCUGAAUUCCUACGUCCAGCUGGGCUCUCUGCCUCAGACCGGCCAGAUCCUGCCCCACAACAACCUCUGCUACGUCACCGGAUGGGGACUCACUUCCACCGGUGGCAGCAUCUCCGCUCAGCUGAAGCAGGCCUACCUUCCUGUGGUCGACCACAAGACCUGCACCAGCUCCGACUGGUGGGGCAGCACUGUCAAGGACACCAUGGUGUGCGGUGGUGGUGGUGCAGAGGCUGGAUGCAACGGUGACUCCGGCGGCCCUCUGAACUGCCUUGUUAAUGGAAAGUACUACGUCCACGGUAUUGCCAGCUUCGUGUCUGGUUAUGGAUGCGACACACCCAAGAAGCCCACCGUCUUCACCCGCGUCUCCGCCUACAUCGAAUGGAUGGACUCCAUCAUGGUUUAAACGAAUGAGUCAUCCAUGCUGCAGCACAGAGACCACAUUCGACCACGCUAUCGUCUCCUGUGCCUUUGCUUCUCAUUAUAUUCAAAAUAAACUUAAUUAAAACUU